GGGGACGCAACAGAGGCAGGCCGGAGCCGUUGCAUGACCCGCAGUAACCAGCGCGAGCUCGCCCGCCAGAAGAAUAUGAAAAAGCAGAGCAACUCGGUUAAGGGAAAGCACCGAGAUGAUGGGCUUUCUGCUGCCGCCUGCAAGCGGAGGGACUCGGAGAUCACGCAGCAGAAGCAGAAAAAGGCAAACGAGGAGGAACCCAAGUAGC